UCACAUUGUUCAGUUGACGAGGAACCGUCGGUCUGUGCAUAAUACCAUUGUAGAUGGUGGCUGUCGCGCAAAUUAAAAUUUAUAAUAAAUAAAAAUCAAAAGUGUCAAAGAAUAUGAUUUUUUUUUUUCUCUCUCUCUGUGUGCUUCUACUUAGUGACGAUAAAGUGUGAUAAUUAAAAAAAAAAUAAUUAACAUAAACAUAUUGAAUCUUGUUGAGCAUAGACACAAAUCAUACUUUUAUUUAUGGGGAUGAUAGAAGAAUCAAACUGAGGUGUUCAAUUCAUUCUAUUUGAUUUAAAUUUUUUUAUUUGGAUGGAAUGGUUAUUACAUACUGAAACGGUUAAAAAGAAAAUUUUAAACAAAAAUUUUUGGUGCUUGAAAAGAGAUUCUUUUCACCAUAAUUUUUCCAUAUUUUUUUUUUUCUUUUGUGGAUUUUAUUAAAAAUAUACAAAUGUGUAUAUUGUGUUACACAUAACUAACUACACUGUGAAGGAGAAUUAUAUCAUGUGAGAAAUAAUCGGGAGUUUUUUUUUCGACACGUAUCUCCGAUAUAUAUAUUUCUUCUAAUUAGUUUUUUUUGUGUUCUUCUUCUUCUUCUUCGUGCAUGAAUACAUAAAAAAAACAAUUUGUGUGACAAUGUAUUGAAGACAAUACUCGAUUUAAAUUAGGAUUAUUCUUAAAUUAGGAUCAGCAAUGGAGGUUAAGGUGGUUGGAGGCCCUUGUGGUUAUCAUGGCCCCUACACAUUCUUCAAAGGCAUUCUCAUAUCACCUGUCAGCAGUGUGACGGCUGCUGCUUGUACAACAUCAAGUGGUAAUGCAAUUAAUUCGUCGAAAGCUAUGCAAAACAAUAUCAAACAAAGCACACGCAAAAGUGCAAAUGAUCUGCAGCGUCGAGGUGAUGAUAUCGGACGAAAUGAUUAUGGAAGCGGCAACAACAAAUCAUUGGUCUUGGCAAUUGGUGACUUUGUUCCGGUACGGCCAUGGUCAGACUCAUCGAUUUCGUGUUUGGCUGAGAUAAGAAAGAUAUGGAAAGAUAAGAACGAACAAUCACUGCUGACAGAAUUGCGAUUGUAUUUUCUGCCAGAAAAUACUCCUAUUGGACGAAAUUGCCACGGAGAGGACGAAGUACUUGCCAUUUCGGAAAAGAGUGUCAUUCGUGCCAAUGAUCUGCUUACUUGGCUGGACGAUCGAAUCAAAUGGACCUGGGGACUUCAAGCGUCCGUUUCAAAGAAAAGUUGUGAUCCCAUCAAAAGUCUAUCGCUCAAAAACACUCAGAUUGACUUCUCUGAAGUGGACCAAGAAAAAACAUUUCACUCCCGAUCGAAGAUUGCCGUCAUAAGUUAUCCGCGAUACUGCCGGUACAGGGCAACACUCAAACGAUUGGAAAAUGUUGCUGACGAAUGGAUUAGAAAUACGCUCGUCGAAGCAUUGGGUGGAUUUGUCUCGUCUGGACCCGAUACUAGAGUAAUGUUUUGCAAGGAAACGUUUGACUAUCCCGAAUUGGAAACACAUGAGCUACUGUGCAAUCAUUUGGCACCAAAGUUGAAAGGCCGGCCAAGAGGUCGCAGGAAGAAGAUCAGCUCCGAUUCACCAGAUUCUAGACUGCGAGGCGAUUCACCGUACAGUGAAUCGGCUGGUUCAGAAAUUUCGGCCUGUUCUGUGGAAAAAGUUUACUCGAAAUAUUCGCCGUUGUAUGUGAAGCCCGAGUUCAAACAAGGUGUUCAUGUGUUGGCAACGCGACCCCAACUACGAUACAACCCUCGACCGGCGCGCACGAAAUGUAAAUCUGAAUCGGAUGAAACGUCGCCAGCCCGUUCAUCGAGGCUAAAACCAGUCGCAAAGGACGCGCGCAAAGAAAUAAAAGAAGAACCGAUCACGCAAGCUGAAGAUCCAAUGGCUGACGAAAUGGACUUUGUGAAGAAAUUGCUUGCCUUCCACCACGAACACAAAACCGAUAUUCCGAAAUCAUUUUGGUUUGCAUUGAAGAAAGUGAAUUUACUUGCUGUCUACGAGCGAGUACAAAAACUCGGUGGCUACUAUAUGUGCACCCAGAAAAAGGUCUGGAAAUACCUGUUCGGUGCAAAAAGCACAUCGUACAAUCUGAUAACGCGGAAGAAAUAUGAGCGAGCAUUGUUGCCUUAUGAGAACUAUUUGAAAAAGUUGAAAAUUGGAGAGACUGAAGACGGUGCAAAGAACCUGCGCGUUAUGAAACUGGAGCUGGAGGACAAAGAUUUCAUGGACAUCAAGAAAGAGUGCUUGUCAAAUGAUUCGGAGAUGAACGACGGACGACCAAUCGGCACCGAUUCCAUAUCGGAUCGGUUGACCGUGGCUGAAAUGAGCGAAAUCCAAAGAAAAGUCAACGAAAAAGAUCAAGAUCAUGACCAACCGCCAGUUUCAGUGCCUGUUACUGUGAUUCUGGGCGGUCAAUCGGUUGAAUGUCACACGUCAUCACCGCAAAAGAUAAACAUUCAACAGCCCCACACAACCAUUACUGUGCACCAAACAACCAUACAUCCGCAGAGUAUAAACUUGCCAUCGAAUCAAUGCCAAAAUCGUUCCCAGAAUCAACAAAUCACAAACCAAAUUCAAAUAACUAACCAAAUUCAGAUUCAACAAAUAACGGUCCAACCGAACUCUGGUCGCAACGGUGAAACGGGGCAGUACACAUGCAACAUUAAGCAGGACAAAAAUGGACAAGAAGUUCAAAUCGAAUCGAAUGGCGAUCCAUCGAAAAUUUUGAAACGUCAAUCAUCAAUUGAAGAGUUCAGCGGUCGUGACGGUAACGGCUACAUUGCCCACUCAAAAGUUGGUGCAGGCAAAACACCAUCAUCGCUACGUCAUGUUCGAGUUAAGCAAGAUAGAUCUAGAGAUCGCACCAAACCGAUCACAGUGUCACAACCGGGUGCUCAACCCAAUGAAAAAGAGAACAUUCCGUACUUGACCGGAUCGAAGACGACCACCAUUACGCCGAUAUUGGGCAAUAGCAACAAAGAUCCUAGAAUGCAGUCACCAGAAGUGAUUGACUUGGUCGACAGUGACAAUGAGAGCAGUAGUCCAGGCCCUCAGUCAUCGCAGAGCCAGCUUCCAUCGAGCAUAUUUCCAAAUAUGAAGAAACGCAAACUUGAGAUUUUGCGAGAGGGUGGACUUGAAGUGACGGCAAUAAGUAAUACGGGCGGACUGCUUGGACCGAAUUAUUUCGGUUCACAGACAGGUUCGUCGGCAAUCGGUGAAGAAAAGCCGCUCCUUAGACCUGAAAUCGUUGGAAGUAUUCCAUCUGUGUCGGGUGUAAUAUCACCAAGUGCUUGCACAAAAGCUCCCACUCCAAAGUUUCAAUCGAAUUGUAUGUACACGGGAACAAGUAAAGUGUUUGGCGAUCCGAAGGAUUUGAUACCACUGCCACGUAAUGCUGCUACCGGUGAAGUGAUCGAUUUGACGGUACAACGACUGGAACGACGAAAAUCGGUCGAAAUAUUCAGACUUCCAGCUAAGCCACCAAGUCAAUCCGUCACCGAAUCCGACAGCAAAGCAAAAUCCGAUUCCAGCCUACAAAUUACACUAGUACCUCCACUGACCCACGUACAGAUCAUUCACAACUCACAAAAUCAUAACAUCAAACGAAAGGCAUCGGAAACACCGAACUAUGCUUCAUCGCCACCAAAGAAAUCAGCACCAGAACCUAAUCGUUUGACGUCCACAUCGUCGUCGUCGUCGUCGUCAUCAUCCAACAACAGAUCGAACGUAAACAUUCCAUCAUUUCCAAAUACCGAGAUGAAAAUCAAUCCAUUCAUAUUGCAACAGCUUAUGUCACAAUUGCCUCAAACACGUACCAAACCGUCGACCACGACAGCAUCACAACAGCAAAAGAUUCCUCGGUCGCAGACACCGUCUCAAAAACAAAGUCAACAGAAGAAUCAGCAACAAUCGCCGCAACAUGCUUCACUGCCCACACAGCAAAUGCCACCGCAUCAUCUUCACCAACAGCAACCGCAACAGCAGCAGCAGCAACCGCAGCAGCAGCAGCAACAACAACAGCAACAACAACAACAACAGCCCCAACAACCACAAAUGCCAAAUCCAUUCCUACCGAUGUUGGAUCCAUUGUAUUUGACCGCGUUGUAUGCGAAUCCAAGUCUGUUUUUCCCGCCAUCGAACUUUCCACCCGAACUGCUACAGCUCUACAAGAAUUUCCCGCUGGAAAUGGGAAAAGUUCCAGUGUCAAAAAGUUAGUUUAAUCGUUGCACCGAUUUCUAGUCAUAAAUUUCGUUUUUUUUUUAGUUGAUGUUGUUAAGGUGGACGUCGUUAAUUUUGUGUGCUGCAAAAGAUAUUUUCAUGUGUGUGAUGGGAUAUAAUGGUCACACUUAUAAAUUUAUGAUGAUGAAAAUGCUAACAAUUUGUUGAUGUUGUUGUUUGCUUUUUCUUUUCCCUCUUCAGAAUACCUUACGAUUAAAUCAAAUUCUUGUUUUGUAAAAAAAGAAUAAUUUACGUAACGAUAAAUUGGGUGUAGUUUGAUUGAAUGUACAAAUGAAAGAACUAAUUCUAAUUAUACGAAAAAUGGUAGCAUUAGAAUUCUCACAAAAAUACAAAAUUUAGUGGAAAUUUAUAUGAAUAAUGGAAAUGAGAAAACCGAAAAACCAAAUCCUUGAAUUCGGAUGAAAAGUCUAAUCGGAGACUGCAAUGAAUUUUCUUUAGUUUUUUUUUCUUCUUCUAUUUUUGUUGAAGUUUUCCCUCAUUAACAAUUACAAUGACGUUCGAUGAUCGUUUUUUUUUCUUCCCCCAAACCUUCAUUGCAUCCUUCAUUACAUCCUUUUGUCCCUCUAUCCAUACGAACUGAAAGCAUUGCAUUCGAAAUGUAUGUCUUUAAUCGAUAAAUUUCUAUUUAAUCCUCAUACGUAUGAAUUUACGAUAAACAAA